UCCUGCUGCCCACUCUGGUCAUUCCAAGGCCCGUGGAACUCGAGGGUUCUUAGGAAUAGCAGAGGGGCUGUUGCAGGCGAAAUGGAUGCCAUGUCCUCAGAGCUUUCCAGCGCUUACGUUAAUAUUUUCAGGUCAAGGACGGAUUAACUUUUCCAUCAAACCUGUUUGGUUAACGAAGCCCUUGUCGUUCGCCGACUGUGUCGGGGAUGAGCUGCCGUGGGGCUGGGAAGCCGGGUUUGACCCGCAGAUUGGUGUCUACUACAUCGAUCACAUCAACAAAACCACACAGAUCGAAGACCCAAGGAAACAAUGGAGGGGGGAGCAGGAGAAAAUGCUCAAGGACUACCUGUCCGUGGCCCGGGAUGCCCUCAGGACACAGAAGGAGCUGUACCACGUGAAGGAGCGAAGGCUGGCUCUGGCCCUCGAUGAAUACGUGCGACUGAAUGAUGCCUACAAGGACAAGUCGAGUUCUCACACAAGCUUGUUCUCAGGAUCUUCAUCUAGUACUAAAUAUGAUCCUGAUAUUUUAAAAGCCGAGAUCUCCACGACGCGAUUAAGGGUUAAAAAGCUGAAGCGAGAACUCUCACAGAUGAAGCAGGAAUUGCUGUACAAAGAACAAGGCUUUGAAACGUUGCAACAAAUUGAUAAAAAGAUGUCUGGAGGCCAGAGUGGCUAUGAACUUAAUGAAGCCAAAGCCAUUCUGACGGAACUGAAAUCUAUAAGAAAGGCUAUUAGCUCAGGAGAGAAAGAAAAACAAGAUCUGAUGCAGAGUCUUGCUAAGCUGCAGGAGCGGUUUCACUUGGACCAGAGCAUUGGCAGAUCUGAGCCAGACCUGAGAUCCAGUCCUGUGGAGUCGCAUUUAUCCCUCUCCAGACAGACCCUUGAUGCCGGGUCACAGACCAGCAUUUCCGGAGAUAUCGGAGUGAGAAGUAGAUCAAAUUUAGCUGAAAAGGUCAGGCUGAGUCUACAGUAUGAAGAAGCCAAAAGAAGCAUGGCCAACCUAAAAAUCGAAUUGUCGAAACUGGACAGUGAGGCCUGGCCCGGGGCGCUGGACAUUGAGAAGGAGAAGCUGAUGCUGAUUCACGAGAAAGAAGAACUUUUGAAAGAGCUGCAGUUUGUCACUCCGCAGAAACGCACUCGCGACGAGCUGGAGCGCCUGGACGCCGACCGGCAGCGGCUGGAGGAGGAGCUGCUGGCUGUCCGGGGUGCCCCCAGCCGGGCUCUCGCCGAGAGGUUGAAACUGGAAGAGCGAAGGAAAGAGCUGCUCCGGAAACUUGAAGAAACUACCAGAUUAACUACUUACCUGCAUUCACAACUCAAAAGCCUCUCCGCCAGCACCCUGUCCAUGUCGUCUGGGAGCAGCCUGGGUUCCCUGGCAUCCAGUCGGGGGUCCCUGAACACCUCCAGCAGAGGGUCGCUCAACUCCCUCAGUUCCAGCGAGCUCUGCUACACCAGUCAGGGCGACCAGAUGGACUCGGACUAUCAGUAUAAACUGGACUUCCUUCUGCAAGAAAAGGGCGGUUACAUUCCUUCCGGACCCAUCACCACCAUCCAUGAAAACGAAGUGGUCAAGUCUCCCAGCCAGCCCGGCCAGAGUGGCCCCUGCAGGGCGGCAGUCGCAGCCACAGGCCACGCUCCCCCGCUGACCGAGGCCCCCAAGUCCGUGACAUCCCUGUCCUCAAGGUCCUCCCUGUCCUCCUUGUCCCCUCCGGGCUCACCCUUGGUAUCAGAAGGCACGUGUCCCAUGUCUUCCCCCGACGUCCCUCUCCAUCAGUUCACCGCCGACUUUGACGACUGUGAAUUGAGCAGCCACUUUGUAGACAUGAGCCUCGGAGAAAACCAGAUACUGCUGGACCCCGAUGCCGGAGGCACGUCCCAGUCUCUGCUAGAGGACAAAGACCUCCAGGAAUGCACCAGGGAGCCGUUCUACGAAGGAGCUGCAGAUGUGGAAAAGUCGUUACCAAAACGGAGAGGUGCCCACCUGCUCGGGGAGAGAACGGCGUGUGUGUCGGCAGCCGUGUCCGACGAGUCGGUGGCUGGAGACAGCGGCGUCUAUGAAGCGUUUGUGAAACAGCCCGGUGAAGCCGAAGAUGUCGCCUACAGUGAAGAGGACGCCGCUGUCGUGGAGACUGCCCAGGUGCAGAUUGGACUCAGAUAUGAUGCAAAAAGGUCAAGUUUCACGGUGAUUAUAGCACAGCUCCGAAAUCUUCACGCCUUCCUGAUACCUCAUACUUCAAAAGUGUACCUCAGGGUUGCUCUGCUCCCCUCCUCAGCAGAUGUCAGCUGUCUGUUUCGAACGAAAGUCCAUCCGGCCACGGAAUCCCUUCUGUUCAAUGACAUGUUCCGCGUGGCCAUUUCCCUGACGGCCUUGCAGCAGAAGACGCUGUGGGUGGACCUGUGCUGUGUGAGCACUCACCGGAGAGAGGGGUGCCUGGCUGGGACUCAGAUCAGUCUGGCUGAUUUACCGUUUUCCAGUGAGAUUUUCACUCUGUGGUAUAACUUGCUGCCUUCUAAGCAAAUGCCUUCCAAAAAGAAUGAAGAAGAAAAUGAGGAUUCUGUAUUUCAACCAAACCAGCCAUUCGUGGAUCCUAUAGAUUUGGACGCAGUGUCAGCCUUACUUGCAAGAACGUCGGCUGAGCUGCUGGCUGUGGAACAGGAAUUGGCCCAGGAAGAAGACGAGGAACCAGGGCAGGGAGAAGAGCAAAGGGGUCCGGAUGGAGAUUGGCUAACAAUGCUGAGAGAGGCCUCCGAUGAAAUAGUGGCCGAAGAAGAGGCUGCUGUUACCUUGCCGGAGGGCGGUAGCCAAACAGAAGACUUGAGCUCGUGCCCGAGUGUGCCUGGGACUAAUGAAGACACCAGUAGGGGAGGAAACAGCUGUGCCAGAGGCCUGGGAAGUCAGCCGCCUCCUGCAGUGCCCACGCUGGUCGAUAAAGAGACAAACACGGAUGAGGCCGAGGACGCCAGCGUGGCGGUUCGGCCCAAAGAGCGCGGCGGGCUGAGCGCGCGGCAGCGCCCCCUGGUGAGGAGCAGCGUGAUCGUGCGCUCGCAGACCUUCUCCCCGGGGGAGCGCAGCCAGUACAUCUGCCGGUUAAAUCGAAGUGACAGUGACAGCUCAACCCUGGCCAAGAAGUCUCUGUUUGUGAGAAACUCCGCUGAACGGCGCAGUCUGAGGGCCAAAAGGGCCGCGUGCCAGCCGGUCCUUAGACGAGCAGCUCCCGAGUGCCCCGUGCGCACGUCGCUGGACCUGGAGCUGGACCUGCAGGCCUCGCUCACCCGCCAGAGCCGCCUCAACGACGAGCUGCAGGCCCUCAGGGGCCUGAGGCAGAAGCUGGAGGAGCUGAAAGCUCGGGGGCAGACGGACCUUCCGCCGGGGGUGCUGGAGGACGAGAGGUUCCAGAAGCUCCUGAAGCAAGCGGAGAAGCAGGCUGAGCAGUCCAAAGAAGAACAGAAGCAAGGUUUGAAUGCGGAGAAAUUGAUGCGGCAGGUCUCCAAGGAUGUGUGUCGGCUGCGGGAGCAGAGCCGGAAGGUGCCUCGGCAGGUGCAGUCCUUCAGGGAGAAGAUCGCCUACUUCACCCGAGCGAGGAUAAGCAUCCCGACCCUGCCGGCUGACGACGUGUGAGCCCCCGGGAGAAGCGGGCUCUCCCCUGGUCGCUCUUAGGGAGGAAGACUGGACAUCGGGUUUGGGGGUGGGGUGUACUAUAACUGUCAACUCUUAAAGAGCUUUUAUUUCA